AUUUUUUGUUUCUUGCUUUUGACAUCUCAAAACUGUAUCAGUUUUGUCUUGAAUAUAUAGGCUACUUGUGUAUUAAGAUAAAACCAUGUGCUUUACUAUAGAGUGCAGCACUGUGGCAUUAUGGCAGAGCAAAUGUUGCUGCACUUUUACCUCCAAGAGAUGAAGAGACAUUAAUUUGGAUAUAUAUCUAUAUUGUGAAGGAAAGCGGGAAACAACAAACAAACAUGGAGACAUUUACAAUUCAAGAUAUGCUCAUCAAUUCCACUGAUAUUUAUAAAAUAUUAUGUGGAUUAGGAAUCGGGAAUUUGUCGGAAUGUAAAAAUGACAGUGACAGCACGUUCGAACCAAAAGAUAUGAACCAGACCGUGCGGAUCGUGCUGUAUGUGUUGAUCUUCCUCCUGAGCUUCAUAGGGAACAGCCUCAUCAUCACUGUUCUGGUGCGGAACCGGCGCAUGCGGACGGUCACCAAUCUGUUCCUGCUGUCUUUGGCCGUCAGUGAUCUGAUGCUGUGUGUCUUCUGCAUGCCCUUCACACUCAUCCCCAACCUCAUGAAGGACUUCAUCUUCGGCAGCGGCAUGUGUAAAGUGGCCACGUACUUCAUGGGUAUUUCGGUGAGCGUAUCCACAUUUAACCUUGUGGCCAUCUCUCUGGAGCGCUAUAGUGCCAUCUGCAACCCCUUUAAGUCCCGUACCUGGCAGACAAAGUCCCACGCUGCAAGAGUCAUCACAGCCACUUGGGUCGUGUCUUUUCUGCUCAUGCUGCCUUAUCCGAUAGGCAGCACCCUGGUGCCUUUCAUGCGCAGUAACAACAGCACAGGCAACAUGUGCCGCUUGGUUUGGCCCAGUGAUGUCAUGCAGACCUGGUAUGUUUUCCUGUUGCUGAUACUCUUUCUCGUGCCUGGGAUCAUAAUGAUGACAGCUUAUGGCCUCACCUCACUCGAACUCUACAGGGGAGUCAAAUUUGAAAUGGCUAAUAGGAAGUCAAACAAAGAGAAAGAGUACGCCGCGUCCAAUCUGAAAAAUGGCGACAGCGACGGCUGCUACCUCCAGCCGUCUAAGAGGAAGCGCGCCGAACCCGUGACGCUCAUCUUCAGCAACCCAAAAUCCAAACUGAGAAGGGUUUGCAGCAACAGCCCCACAGCAAACCUCAUGGCCAAGAAAAGGGUCAUCCGCAUGUUGCUGGUGAUCGUGGCGCUGUUCUUCCUCUGCUGGACGCCGAUCUUCGUCGUCAACGCCUGGAGAGCCUUCGACAGACGUUCGACCGAUCGUCUCCUCUCAGGAGCGCCGAUAUCCUUCAUCCACUUGCUGUCCUACACCUCCGCCUGCGUCAAUCCUAUAGUCUACUGUUUUAUGAACAAACGCUUCAGACAGGGCAUUCUGGCGACAUUCACCUGCUGUAGGGAUGAUUUCGAUGAAGUCAGCAGGAGCAGCAGCCGACGGAGCGCCAGAGGAGCUGGAGGGCUGGGAACGCGGUUUGGAGGAACCGGACAGACCGACGGUAACACGCAAACCUCAGGAACGCUUACCAGGCAGACUGACACCAGUAUCCGUGGCUCGGCACAAGCGUAGCUGAUACUCAUCAAACCCUGAAAAUUGCAGCGUAGGAAGCCAUUUUGGUUUAACA